GGCAGUCAUAACGACGUUUAAUCAUUCUUCGUAUUUUGGAUGGAUGGCUAUCUACCUGUCCAUCCAUCCAUCCUUCCAUCCAUCCUAUCACCUAUUCACCUAUCUACCUAUUUAUCUGUCUAUCUACUUAUUCACAUUUCUACUCAACUUAUUUUCCUAUUCAUUUCAACUUGCCGGGAUUUCUGCCUGUCCGAAUUUUCUCUAUACUGUUUCGAACUUUUGUGACGAAUGUAUAGUAGAGAUGCCUCUCAAGCUUCUUCGAGCAAUCCGCGACCCUAGUUUGUUUUCUCUUUUGCCUAAUCGUUCGAGAACUUGUGACACAUUGAUGUUUAAGGCAUAAUUCAUCCCAAGGGUUCCUACGAAAAAAACGACGAGUUCAAAUUUUUUGGCGAACGCUGGCGUUGGAAUUUUGUCGGAGUUCGAGGAUUUGCUUGGAGUCGACCUUUUACGCAUCAAGAAGUACGUCAGCGCUUUCAGCGACGCUAUGGGGAGGAGUGGAGUGUGAAAGACUACUUCGCUCUGACUUCUUAUGACAC